GGCACGAACGCACGUGUGUGGGGCUACGCCGAAUCGAACACAUGAGUGACAGUUUCGGUAUGUUGAUGUCGUGACUCGAAAAAAAUGGACUUUCAGAGUGCAAUGGAGACAUUCGCUGAAGCUUGGGCUGCGGCCAACACGGUCAAGUCGGAGGCGCCGAGUGAUCUUUCACAGAGCCUAUCUUCAGAGUUACGUCGCAGUAAGAGUCCACCACGUCGCUCUCCUGAAGAGCGCGCGGUUCCAAGGCCGCCGUCCACGCCGGCGCAUGAGCGAGCCUCGCAUGCGCCACAUCUCUCGCCUAAGAAGGAGGUCUUCAAUAACCUGCUAAAUAAGGGCAUCACUGGUAAGACACUACCAGUGCACUGUGUGGUUGAAGCAGUAUCCUCUCUAGAGGAAGGUGCAUGGAGAAGACGGACAGUAGUUGAGACUGACAGCUACGUCAUCAUUCCAGCAGCUACCGCCUUCCAUGAGCUGGUUCCGGCCGCCAUGAUGAGACUCGGAUAUCCACACGAAUUGGCCGCCUCAGCUAAAGGAUCAGUAGUAAUAAAUAAUUGGAAGCCGCUGCCCUUCGAGCGAAUCUCAGAUGGUCCCUUGGCAACUGUUGGUGAAGUUUUAGGCGAACUUACCACCGUGGCCACCCUAAGAAUACAAUUGUUGAGACCACGGCUCACACCGCUCCAAGACAUCAAGGACAAAUUGUUGAGACUUCUCCUGGUGCAGAGUCGACCAUUGUUGAUGUCCACUGGAUGCCCUUUAGAUGAGGUGACAUUGGCGCAAAUAUGUCGGGGGCAAGAUAGAUCUGCGGGCCCGCAUAUAUUCCAUGAACCGACGGAAGAAACUCGCAGAAAGUUUGAGUCGUGGUGGAGUGCCCAAGUAUCUCCGCGGCCACCUCCAUUUAGCCCUAGGCGGUAUCCUUCUCCAGGACUAAAGAGAUCUCCAACUUUGAACACAAUCCCUGAUCAUUUGCAUCCAGCUCUUCAGACUGUUCAAAGUCAAUACCCAACACAGAAAACUAGAAUGAGAACGAGUUUUGAUCCUGAACUGGAGUUACCUAAACUACAGCGCUGGUUUUCGGAAAACCAACACCCAAGUAGACAACAGAUACAGCAGUAUGUUCGCGAGUUAAAUAAUUUAGAUUCGAGGAGGGGUCGAAAACCAUUAGAUGUCAACAAUGUUGUGUAUUGGUUCAAGAACGCACGAGCGGCCCAAAAACGUGCUGAAUUACGUAAUAUUAGUGGAUUAAGUCACCUCGGUAUGAAUGGAUUUAACAGCAGAAGUCACAGCCCAUCGAAUGGUUCUUUACUCGUCGGUAAUGAAAACUACUCACCCCACGAUCAUAAUAUAUUAAAGAGCCCAAUGGGUCAGUUGUCUGGCAGCCCUGGAAGGUACCCUAUGUCAGUAAUGUCAGAAGAUAAUCUGUCAAACGCUGGGUCUGAUUUAGAGGACGAUGGUGUUGACAUGAACACGGACAAUAGGCCAGAGAGUCCAGAUGCACCUUUAUCUCUUAUUACGAUAAAGAAAAACAACAAUGAGAAUGAUAAAGAUGACUCCUUCAAGGAAUCUCCGAAACCACCGGAUAUAAUCAAGGAACAUGACAUCAAAGAAGAGCCACGGGACCUAUCGAAGUCAGAACGAAUACAUUCGCCCCAGCGUUCACCGGCCAAGAACAGCGACAGUUCGCACAAUAACAACAAUAACAAUGACGAUGAAAACGGCGUUAAUGAUGAGCAAGACCUGGCUUCAGACGACGAAGUUAAUCAAGAGCGGCAUUACCAUCCUGCCUCUCCACAUCUUGAUCGGCUGCCAUUUCCCAUGGUGCCAAAUCACCCAAUGUUCAGCCAUGGUAUAAUGUACAUGAGCCAAUAUAUGAGUGGCUUUCCAGGCGUGAGCCCGAUCCCCGGUGAAGGCGCUAGCGGUCUCAACCUUGCAUUAGCAGGAGCAUCAGAAGAAAGACGCAAACGCAAUCGAACCUUCAUCGAUCCCGUUUCAGAAGUCCCCGUUCUCGAGCAGUGGUUUUCCAUGAACACACACCCGUCACACAAUCUCAUCAUAAAGUAUACAGAAGAACUAAACAGAAUGCCAUACAGACAGAAAUUUCCAAGACUUGAAUCGAAAAAUGUGCAAUUCUGGUUCAAGAACCGACGAGCAAAGUGUAAGAGGCUAAAGAUGUCCCUGUACGAGCCUACGUCACCAGGACAUUAUGUGCACCCAGGUCAUCCACAUGCAAUGGCAGAGCGGAAAAUGGUCUGAAUUAGAAUUGUGUCAUUUUAGAAAGACUGAAGAAAAGUGUUGAUGGUGUGUAGUGCCAUGUUAGUACUAGUUAUUGCAUAUUGCAUACUAUAACGUAUUAUCGUCUAUUAUUGAUUUAUUACUAGAAAAACCGUUUCAUUGAAAAGAAGAAGAAAAACCAUACCACCAGCGAUACAUUGUAAAAAUCAUCUGCUUGUAGUGUAAAAAUAAAACUCAUACACCAUAAUUUGAAUCUCAAACAUAUUUUGUACAAUAAUAAAGUUAUAUGUGUGUAUUAUAAUUUAUUUAUUAAAUUUAAAUAAAUUUUAUUUUAUAGAAGCAAAUUGCGAAUAAUCUCACACAUUCGUGUUUAUAUAUACUUAGGACAUAUAAAGGUGAUUAGUAUAAUGAGUCAAUAUGCUUUAGGAUGUAUCGCACAUUGUAGAAUACGUUCUAUUAUAUCGUUACUUGUAAAGUCUACAAAGUUAUAGAAUACGCACAUUCCUUAAAUUAAGAAUUCUCAAUCCAAAGAUUGACUAGACUAAAGGCUAUGUUAUACCAAACUAGACAUUGUCAAACUAGGUAUAAAUGUAUAUACGCUUACAUGAAUGUAGAGCCUAGUUCAUUGGUUGAAAUCCCGGUUUCUUUGUCAAGUUACUGUUACAGUAUUUACGCAUUUAUCGGCUGAAACUAUUCGCAGUUUCAUCAUAUAUUGUUUUAUAGUUUUAAAGAUAUAGAGGUAAAUUGUUUUGUUUUGAUGUUAUGCUUUGUGGAGCUGUGAUGAUCCAAAUGUAUUUAAUUGUUAAGGUUACAUCAGCAGGAAGACUUUAUUUAAUCUAGAUAAAUCGAUGAAAAAUCUUUUCUAAAUUUAAGUCAUUAGGCUCACAAAAGGCAUUUACAGCUUGUAUAAUUAUUGGCUAAAUGUUUAUCCCAUUCAAUUAUAGUAUAAACGAAA